GUUCUGGGAGCUGUGGUAGCGGCUGGCGCGCGGACUCCUCACUCCAGCGCCGCCGCGUCGCCUCCUGGUAGCGUCCGCCCGCGCGCCAGCGGGUGAGACCCAGCUCCAAGGCUCCAGCCAUCCCAUAUCUCACUGGAGGUCUGCUGCCCGAUGGCCAUCCCCAAGAGCCUCGUGAGCCCGGUGCCCUGGGAACAGGAUGACUUUCUGCGAGUGAAGGUCGAGGAUGAGGAGGCCAGCUUCUCUCAGGUCCAGGAGUCUAACUUUGGCCACACCUCCCACCCUGAGGCUGCCCGUCUGCGCUUCCGACACUUCUGCUUUGAGGAGGCAUCCAACCCACGUGAGGCCCUGGCCCGGCUCCGGGAGCUCUGCCGCCAGUGGCUGCGGCCCGAGGCGCGCUCCAAGGAGCAGAUGCUGGAGCUGCCGGUGCUGGAGCAGUUCCUGGGCGCGCUGCCCCCCGAGAUCCAGGCCUGGGUGCGGGCUCGGUGCCCCGAGAGUGGCGAGGAGGCUGUGGCGCUCGUGGAGGACCUGACUCAGGCACUGGAUGAGAGAGGCUGGGUGCUGGGAUCUGAGCUUUCAGAGGCGAGCUGUAAGCAGAGCAAUUCGGACGAGUCAGAGCCGUCGGACAGGGACACUGAAACCCUGGUAGGAGGGCUUUCCCCAGGACCCGCCUUUGGUGAUGCCUGCGAACCUGAGGGCAGCUCAGAGAGGCAGGCCGGACUCUCAGGGAAGAUGUGGACAAAGUCUGUCACCCAAGAGAUGGAUUUCAGGAAAACUUCAGGGCCUCACAAGGGCGCCCUCACAGACCAGCCCGGCUGUGAAGCUGGUGCUUUGGGGGACAGUCCCAACGUGUGGCCAGACUUCACCUCCCAAGAGAAGACUCCUUCCAGAGAGAAAGUGGAUCCACUGGAUGGUUAUGGCACAGAGCCUCCAGGCACAUACUUGGGGAGGAAGCCCUCCAAGUGUGGUGAGUAUUGGAAGACGUUCCGGAGCCCCUUGGCCCUGGAGGCCCACCAGAAGAGCCGUGCUCGGAAGAUGCCCCACACCUGCAGUGAGUGUGGGAAAGCCUUCAGCCGGAGGGCACACCUGGCCCAGCACCAGGUGGUCCACACGGGGGCCAAGCCCCACGAAUGCAAGGAGUGCGGGAAGGCCUUCAGCCGGCUCACCCACCUGACCCAGCACCGGAGGAUCCACACCGGGGAGAAGCCCUAUGCGUGCGAGGAGUGCGGCAAGACCUUCAGCCGCAGCACCCACCUCACCCAGCACCGGCGUGUGCACACGGGCGAGCGGCCCUACGCCUGCGAGGAGUGCGGCAAGGCCUUCAGCCAGAGCACCCACCUGACCCAGCACCUGCGCAUCCACACAGGGGAGAAGCCCUACAGGUGCGACGCCUGCGGCCGAGCCUUCAGCGACUGCUCGGCUCUGAUCCGGCACCUGAGGAUCCACUCCGGAGAGAAGCCCUAUCAGUGUCAGGGUCCAUGUCUGUAACUGGAUGUCGCAGCCUCUGUUCCUAACUGCCAGGGCGUCGGCCUUCUUUCCUGUUUCUCUGAUGACCCCAUCGCGUGUGAACCAUCUGACACCACCCCCCAUACUGUUGUGUACUGGUCAUCGUCAGCAUCUCUCCCUGUGUUUCUCCCUCCGUAUUGGAUUCGUUCCUUCUGUGUCACGAGUAAACAAAGACCGACCGACAUGGGUGGUUCAGAACAGGAAGGCUGAGACCCAGGGAGACGGAGAUCUUGUGUCAGCAUCUCUGAGAGAGUCCCAGGUACACCUAGACACAGGUCGACUUCCACACAGAGUGCGGCCGAGGCCGAGAGACUGAGAAAGUUGACAGAUGUGGGGGGAAACUCACAGGCAAGAGAUGUAUGUUCCCAGUGCCCCCAGGCCUCCAACAGGCCGCAGGGAGUGGCCCUGAAGUCAGGCUGCUUUGGGGGCGUCGGAUGAGUGACCUCCCUGAACCUCAGUGACCUACUCAGCCUGGAACGAGGGAAUGACAAGACGUGCUUUGUGCAGCGCCUGAUCCAGGGCCUGGCCGCUUGCUCUGACCGGUGGCAUUUGACUCCACCUCUCUGCCCCCACCCUCCCAGUCUCUGUCACUGAAGAACCAAAUCUCCUUCCCCUCGGCGCUCGGAGCAUCUCUGACACCCACUCUGCCAUGAGAAGUGUGUCUGCCCAUGUUUGUCUAAAGGGGAAGGAGGUCAGGGGAAGAAAGGAAUCUUUAUUAAUGGCCUGCUUGUGUUGGUCAGUCUGCCAAAUAAUUUAUAUACAGCAUCUCAUUUAAUCCUCACACAACACUCUGAGGGCAGGACAAGCAUCCCCAUUUUUUAAAAAAUUUAUUUAUUUAUUUUUAUUUAUUUUU